UGCGUCGAUUCGACGCGGAACGACUCGAUUGGGAACAUUGAACAUUUCUGUUCGAUGCCUGAAAUGCCUUUACUCGUCUCGCGGAACCCCAUUCGAGAGCGAUCCCUCGAAAUGACGCCAGUCUCGAUCGCCCUGCAGAUGUACGACGAAGACAAGGGGACGGACCGCUCGAAGCUGCCCGUCCCGGAACCAGGGGACGUGGACCGGGCCGCCACGCUCAACUUUUCGACCGUCCAUGCCCAGAUCGAAGAGCUCAACGCUUCCCUGCAAGAUCUGCAAGAGAAGGCGAACGUUGUCAUCAUGGGGGAGGGAAGUUCCGCCAAAGUGAUACCUUUCAAGCACAACAUGCAGCGAUUCUUCGACGGAGCCGAGACGAAGCUGGCGGACAUCCGCACGCUCGAGGUGGAUGCACUUGCCAGUCUGGAGGCAGCCUACAGCUAUUUCCAGUGGAGACCGAAGGCAGACUCCAAGACCCCGUCUGAAGAUUUCUUCACUCUCUGGGCCCCGUUCGUGAAGGACUUCAAGUACCUGUGGAAGAAGCAGCAGGCCCAGGUCACCAAGGAGAAGUCGGUCCAUCCUCCCGUCCGGCCGCGCCCGUCCCUGCGAUGCGUUGGUGGAGGCGAGGAAGAUCUUGCAGCAGAAGAAGCUGUCUCAGCUCGGAAGGCAAGACCCGAGGAAGACCUCUGGGCCAGGGGCCAUCACCAAGAUCAAGGAAUCCGGUCU